UGACGGGGCGAGGGGUUCUGGCUGCCGGGCGCGCGGAUUUUGGCGCUCCAACACAGCAGCCGUCGAUCGGGGCAACCGACGCGGCGACGCGGGCGGCGGCGAGGGCACUGUCAGGCCAGUGCGCGGCGGACUGCGUCCCCGCUGUUUCUGUGCUCAUCUCCAGUCUUCGAGGUUAGCGGCAACGUCAACACUGUACAUCAUCAAUUAGCAGAAGAGAACCGCUCGCGUUGAUGGCGGCCACCGGAGAGGGAGCCGAGAGCUCCGCCGCCGGCGAGCGGCAGAGCGUGUCCUUCGCUCGGGGGGGCCCAUUGUUCGUUCCCUUCAUGGCGGGACCCAUUUCCAACGCCUCAGGGUUCAUGCACUCCGCCCUCCAGGAGCUCCAGUAAUUGGAAGCUGAAUUGGGAGACCCUGGCGACGAAUUCGACGAUGAGCUUUGUGUCGAUGAGCUGAGGGUGCUCUCCGAGGAGGAGCUGGUGGAGCGCGCCCUCCAGGAGGCAAUGGAGGAGGACUUGGAUUCUGGCACUCCACCACAACCAGAGGAGCAAACGUUUGAUGAAGGGCAAGUCAUAUUAGAAGCAACAUUGGCAAAGGCUCUUCUAUAAGGAUGGAAUGGUUGUUACUGGUCUGCCUUAAUGCAAAUCAAAUAUUUAGUGAGGUUUUUCUAAGGUUUCUGAUGCAAUGGGCAAUGUGGCAUUCCUGGCAAGUGUUCUAUAAGGAUGGAAUCGUAUCUCUAUGGAAUGUUUAAUAUGCAAGCAAUGACAAGUUGGCAGAAACAAUAUUCUAGAACAGAUGCAACAGACUGAUACUGCAUUCAAGUCGAGCAAACUGAGGGAGAAGCUCAUGGCUGUUUUAUCGUUAUGCACUUGAGACCAUAAAUUAGUCUAUUCCAUUUGAUCCUUUUCUUGCCGCAGUUUUAAAUGAAUAUGAUUCUUUGGUACAGUGGCGAUUCUGUGAAGUCUAAAGGUUCCAAAACAUCAUCUGAGAAAAUUGAAAUAGCGACAUCUCUUAAAUUAGUCGGCGCUCCUUGGAAGAACAAACCUUUAAGAUCUGAUGAGCACAGGCCUGUGGUCCAUCCAGAAGUAAUUCUUUGUGUUGAAAUUUAUCAGAAGAAAUAUGGAUCUGUGAAGUGCCAGGAACUUCUCGUGUUGGGAAGCCAGUUCCUUACUGAUCUGAGGGAUAAUAUUUGUUGUUUGACUGAUAAGCUGAUGAAGGUGGCUGGACAACAUGAUCAUUCCGGAUAUUUCCUUAUUGAGGACACGUUCUACAACGACAUGAGACAUCGUUCUGCCACUGAUUACAGUAAACCCAUACUAGAUUGGCUUCAGAAUUCCAGUGAUGAGGUUUCAGAGAAGUGGGAUACCAUAACAUCUGGUGUUUUGAAGAAACGGCAGAAGGAUCUACUGAGGGGUUUGAAUAUUUCUAACAUGCCUGAAUUUAAAUCUGAAAGAAUGCAAACAACUCGUUUCUCUGACCUGCACUUCCGGCCUGGUGCUGGGUACCUCUACUGCCAUCAGGGGAGCUGCAAGCAUACGAUCGUGAUAAGGGACAUGAGGUUGAUCCACCAGGAGGACUCGCAGAACCAAACAGAUUACCCUCUACAGACGUUUCAGUUGCAGAAGCGCUUGCAGAAGUGCUCCGUGUGCCAGAUCUACCCUGCCACCAAGAUGACGGUCGACGACAAGUGGGCGCUGAACAACCCCUGCUAUUUCUGCAUCAAAUGCCACUACCUCCUGCACUACAAGGAGGACAACACGCUGCUGUAUCAGCACACUGUAUAUGAUUUCAUCCAGGAGUAACAUCUCUCUCCUUUUUUGGGGUGGGAAACAGUCUAGUCUGUGCUACACUAUGCUGUACAUUCUUCGCCGCAAGAGAUCAAUGUCGACUCGGUACAGAGUUUGGAUAUG